AUGAAUGCUAAUUCCAAUUUAUCACCAACGAAUAAAGAUUCCACACUUAUGGAUACAUCUUCAAAUUUGAAUACGAUUCAACCAGCUACAUCUCAUGAUGAACAAUAUCAAUCUACUAAUGAUCUGUUUUCAGCAGCAUCAAAUAAUGCUACAUCAUCAGUUAAUAAUAUGGUAUCAUCAUUAACAAUUUCAAAGUCAGUUACAAAUUCUAUGGUUGAUUAUGAAUAUCCAUCGAUGAGACCAGAACUCAAUUCUGAAUGUAGAUGUAGUCGAACAAAUUAUACAAGUUAUCAACUACUUGAAUUAGAAAAAGAAUUCCAUUGUAACAAAUACUUAUCGCGUUCGCGACGAACUGAAGUGGCUCGUAACCUUGAAUUAACUGAACGACAAAUUAAAAUUUGGUUUCAAGGUCGUCGACAUAAGUGGCAACAUGAAAGGUGUAAAUCACGUAAUGAUUCACAUGUUGAACUUGAAUCAAAUGCAACAAAUCAUGGUCAAAAUCAUCGUUCAUAA